ACAAUUUUAAUAAACAUUCCUAAUGGGUUUAUGUUGAUAUCUUUUAGAUUGUUGAGCAACAGCAGACAAGCGGCAUCUGGACACCCAGCUUUCUGUGGAGCUGAUUAUGUUGAGAGACAAACGCAGCACGAUGAAUCGUCGGGGUACUGGGUACCGUCAUCGUGUAUGCCAAUGGCCAGUUUCGCAGCUGACAGGAAAAUGUCACAAAAUGGUCAUUCCACCCAAGUCUUCUGAUAAGAAGUUUGCUCUUCUUGUGGGAGAUUCCCAUCUACGAGCCAUAGCUGAUGGUUUUGUGAAGAUGCCAGAGGGAGAUCUGUACUUUGGCAUUAUGUCUACUCCGGGUGCUACUGCGAUGGAAGAGAAGAUGGAGCUUGCUAACGUGAAGUUGCCCCAAGUGCCUGAUGUGGUGUGUGUCCUUGCUCCCAGCAACGAUCUGACACAGACCAAGAGUCAUGAAAGAGCUGGUGUUGGAUUCAGGAAACUGUUGGCUGUUGCGCUUAGUCAGUGCUCCAAUGUUGUAGUUGUGGAUUUUCCUCCACGUUACAACAUGGAGAUGUAUCCUCAGGAGAUGCUGCGUCAGGAGUACAGACGUGUUGCUGCUGAAGUGGGAGUAAAGUAUCUGUCUGCAGUGGAGCAUUUCUCCUUGGAUAAAUCUGAACUGUGGGCCCAAGAUGGUGUUCAUUUGUCUGACACUGAUGGAAUGCCUAUCCUCGUUCAACUGCUGUGGAAGGCGUCAUAUACGGCAACACGUGACGUGGUUCAAGUCCCUCGGCCUGUGACUGUUCCUGUUAGAUCAGCAUUGAAGUGUGUUCCUGCUACAGUAGCACCUGAAAAAAGUUCUGCCAUUGUGAGGGGAGUUGAGGUUACACCACCUCCUGCAGUGAACCUUGAUGAGUGGACAGUGGUUGGCUCAAAGGUAAAAAAUAAAUAAAUGAAUCUAAUGAUCAUUAAUAAUUGAAAGAAGGGACAUGUAGUAAAAAUACAGCACAUAUA